GGUUAUUUGGUGAAAUUUUCGUCAAUUGCAGCCUCAUCAAUUUGAGAACAACCCAACGGCAACUCUCGGAGUCUACUCCGGCUACCACGGCGGCGCCAUCCUCCUCCCACUGGUACCAGUCCAACGCUUCACCUUCUAAACACAAUACCGCCGCCUCUAGCUUAUCCCUCCCCGACAGAGGAAUUGGGAUUUGAUUUACAUGGGCCGCAGUAUUUUUGUUGCAGGACUGAGAUGUAUGUGUUGAAAUGAUUUGGAUUCUUGUUACAGUAUUGCUUGAAGUAAAAGAAGCUAUUAGUCGCUUUAAUCAGCUUCAAUGUCUUUGCAUAUGUCAAGUGCUUGAUGUUUCAUUUGGAUUAUAACUUCUGGCCACGUUCUUUGUCCUUCUCAACUUCAUCUUUUUUGUUUGCGGCAUGAAGAUGCAAUCUACUUUCUUGCCAAAAUCAUUAAUCGUUUCCUCAUUUGGUGGAGUAUUUUCUGACCUUUUGUUGAAUCCACGUUCUAUUAAAUGUGUUGGAAGGUACAUGUUUGAUGAUGCCGCAUUGAAGUUGUUUAGGAAUAAUGCCCUAAAAAAGGGCAGUAAAGAAGCGUUAGAUGAUAAUCAUAUUAUUAGCUCGAGAUGGCAUGGAUGUCGAGAUGAAGCGGAACUAUCGAGUGACUUAUGCAACUGUUUGAUUCGUGACUAUUGUAAGGUAGGUAAUGUUGAUUCUGCCAUGUCUCUUCUUGCUCAUAUGGAAUCCGUAGGUCUCCAUGCCUCUGUAGCAUCUUACACAUAUUUGAUUGAAGCUCUUGGAAACUUAGGCAGGACUUUGGAAGCUGAUAUCCUAUUUCAAGAAAUGCUUAGUUUUGGCUGUAAGCCGAGAACAAUUGUCUGCAAUGCACUACUAAGAGGGUUUUUAAGAAAAGGGCUUUUAGAUCUUGCGUCUGGGGUUCUUGUGUUAAUGAGUGAUUUAGAUAUUAAAAAAAAUCAAGAAACUUAUGAAAUUCUCUUGGAUUAUCAUGCCAAUGCUGGACGGUUGGAAGAUACUUGGUCUAUUAUUAAUGAGAUGAAACAAAAAGGUUUUGAGCUGAACUCAUUUGUGUAUAGUAAGGUCAUCGUUAUAUAUCAAAACAAUGGCAUGUGGAAGAAAGCAGUGGGAAUUGUUGAUGAGAUAAGAAAAUCAGGGAUUUCUGUGGACAAAUGCAUUUACAACAGCAUCGUAGAUACAUUUGGGAAAUAUGGUCAAUUGUCUGAGGCCUUAGAAGUGUUCAAAAGAAUGCAACAGGAUGGUGUAAUGCCUGAUAUAACAACUUGGAAUUCACUGAUACAAUGGAAUUGUAAAGCUGGGAACCUUGCUACUGCCCUUGAGUUAUUCACUGACAUGCAAGAACAGGGGAUGCAUCCAGAUCCUAAGAUUUUCGUUACUCUAAUAAGCUCCUUGGGCGAGCAGGGAAAGUGGGAUGUGAUAAAGCAGAAUCUUGAUAGUAUGAAGCUCAGAGGGCAUAAGGAUAGUGGCCUAGUUUAUGAAAUCUUAGUAGAUAUUUAUGGGCAGUAUGGUCAAUUUCAGGAUGCUGAGAAGUGUAUAUCUGCUCUAAAGUCUGCAGGGCUUCUACCAUCCGCUAGUAAUUUUUGCAUUAUAGCAAAUGCUUUUGCUCAACAGGGGUUGAGUGAAGAGACGGUAAAAGUGCUUCAGCUUAUGGAGGCAGAUGGAAUCGAACCAAAUCUUGUAAUGCUGAAUGUACUGAUCAAUGCGUUUGCUGUUGCUGGUAGGCAUUCGGAGGCAUUAGCCAUUUAUCAUCAUAUAAUUGAAGUUGGUAUCAGUCCUGAUGUUAUAACCUACACCACCCUUAUGAAGGCAUUUAUUCGUGCAAAGAAGUUUGCUAAGGUCCCUGAAAUAUAUAAAGAAAUGGAAAGUGCUGGUUGCACGCCAGAUAGGAAGGCCAGAGAGAUGUUGAAGUCCGUAACAGUGGUUCUUGAACAGAGGCAUUGUAAGUUCCACCCUUUUUGUACUUGUAUUUCGUAGUUUCUCAGCCAGAGCAGUCCUUGCUGGAUUGUUGUAUAAUUCUUCACCCUUUAGGGGACGGUAAAUUUAGAAUGUCAAGUCAUAAUUUGAAAAGUUCAUAUUUGGGGAGUGGUGCAUUAUGCGUCAGAUAGAAGGAUUCUUCUUGAAAAAUAUUGCGUCGUCAGGGUACAUAUUUUACUGACAAGUAUAUUGCUAGCUAUCCCAUAAUCUGACUUCCGAAGAUAAUUAAUGUCAUUCGUCAAGUCAAGUUAUGCCAACCUCUAAAGACAUCCGAUUUUUUUUCUUGAUGACACUAAUGAAGAAGGAUUAACUAACGGAGUAAAAGAACGGGUAUUUUUAAUUCUGGCCACAAUUGGAGGUAUGGGGAGGGACGGCAUAUUCAAAAUGGUAAAUGCUCAUCGGAGUCCUGUUUCUAAAUGGACACCAAAAAUAUGAUCCUAGGGGCCAGGACUUUUUUGUGUUGACUUUCUAAAUGCUUAAAAACCUUUUUUUACCACUUAAAAAUACUUUUUCAAGCACUUAGUAGGUCAUUUCAAACCUAGCCUAAAUCGGUGGUCUUACUAGUGACUUAACUAUUAAGUCUAAAGUUGGAGUAAAUCUUCUACUUCCUUCAUUUUGCAAAUGACGAAUACUAAUAUAUAGAUUAUGCAGUAAGAACCAAUCAAAACCCUAGGAGUUCAUAUUAUAUGCCCUCUGCCAGCCUUCUGAUUAACUCAUGCUUUCAAAAUAAAACCAUCGGUUAAAAAAAAUUAUUUUCUUAUGCCUAGGGUCACAUUUCCUUGUGUGCGUGUGUGUUUUUUCUUUAAAUUAGAGAAAGACAGAAAUUGAUACUUGCUAGUGUCGAAUUCUUGAAUGUUUGGAUCUUUUUCAUUGAAAAACAGACAGAUAAAAAAUUAGCAGCCUUCUAAAAUAUUGAUUAAGGAAUUGAUGCACACCAAGAAAGUAGAUCACAAUGCCAGUUUAUGAUGACAUCAAUGACAGGCCAACCUUCAAUGGACCCUGGGGAACUACAAGAAUAAACAGUUUCUAGCAAUAAGUUUGAACAUCCAAUGAGGUUGAUCUUGUAAGUUAACCAUUACGAUAGUUGAUAACGAUAGCAUAAAUUCAUUUAUUUUUCUUGAUGUUGUUUGAGGAUGAGAAUCUUAUUCUCAAAACCAGGGGGAAAAUUAGAGGCUACUGAUAACAAUUGAGAAGUAGUUUGUUAGUUCCUCCAUUUUUCAUCUCAAGUGAAAUUUAUACUUCUAUCAUUUUUUAAUUGAAAAAAAAAUAAAAACCAUAUUUUAUUGAUAAACAACAGAUCCGGACAAGGCUUUUGCAAAGAAGAAAAAUACGGAAAGUAAAGGAAGAAUAAUCCAAGUUCACUUUGUUAACAUUUCUACUCCAAAAUAAAAUACAAUAGGAUUGAACUUCUCUUAGAACUAUUAUGAAAUUCAAUUGCUUUAGUUAGGUGCAUCUGUUUAUCCUAGUUCUAGUUCUGGUUUUCGUUAUAUCUUUAUAAUUUGAGAAUUAAUCUUUUUCAUUUUCUUCGAUGAAAAGUGUUUUUUCCUUUUGAAAAAAAUCAAUUGCUCUAGAAAUCUCAUAAAAGAAGAUGGGUUACUUCUUUAGGGAUAUGUAACAUUAAAGACUCUAACCUUGUUCGUUUGCCGUCGAUCAUUUGUUUGUUUUGUUUUUAUUUUUGAAAAUACCAUUGCUCUUACCUUUGCCGCUUCAAAAAAAAAAUAUCUGAUAUGCAUGUUUAUAUAAUGAACUAUGACUGGUUGCUUUGAAAUAUAUAUACGAGUAUGUUU